CGUGUUUCGAAUUAAACCAUCAUUUCCCUUCCAUUUUCCCGAAGCCACGAUGCCAACCCUCCUCACAACAUAAAUAAAAAGAACGCACACACAAAAAAGAGUUUUGAAUCACCACCCAUUCACCAAAAUCAAAACACAGAAAAACUAGCUCAAAGAAACAUUUCAUCAAACACCUUGUGUGCAAAAAUGUGGCGUUGCGUCGCUCGUGGACUUCGCGUUCCACGUUCUUCUAACAGAUCCAAUAACUCUCUCGGAUCUCGUCUUUCUAGAUUCUUCUCCAGUGAGUCUUACACCGUCGUGGAUCAUAAAUAUGAUGCAGUUGUGGUAGGUGCUGGUGGUGCUGGAUUAAGAGCUGCUAUUGGACUUUCUGAACAUGGAUUCAAUACUGCUUGUAUUACCAAGCUUUUCCCAACUCGUUCACACACUGUUGCAGCUCAGGGUGGCAUAAAUGCUGCAUUGGGAAAUAUGACUGAAGAUGACUGGAGGUGGCACAUGUACGACACUGUCAAAGGAAGUGAUUGGCUAGGAGAUCAGGAUGCCAUCCAAUAUAUGUGUAGGGAAGCACCAAAAGCGGUUAUUGAACUAGAGAAUUAUGGAUUGCCUUUUUCUCGAACAGAGGAUGGAAGAAUAUAUCAACGUGCAUUUGGUGGUCAGAGCUUAAACUUUGGAAAAGGUGGUCAAGCUUACCGUUGUGCAUGCGCUGCUGAUCGAACUGGGCAUGCUUUAUUGCACACUCUCUAUGGCCAGGCUAUGAGACACAAUACACAGUUUUUUGUGGAAUAUUUUGCCUUAGAUCUUAUAAUGAAUAGUGAUGGUAGUUGCCAAGGUGUAAUUGCCUUAAACAUGGAGGAUGGAACACUGCAUCGUUUCCAAGCUGCUUCAACAAUUUUGGCCACUGGGGGUUAUGGUAGAGCAUACUUCUCAGCAACUUCAGCACAUACAUGCACCGGAGAUGGCAAUGCCAUGGCUGCCCGUGCUGGGAUCGGACUUGAGGAUUUAGAGUUUGUGCAAUUUCACCCAACGGGUAUAUAUGGAGCAGGUUGCCUUAUAACAGAAGGUUCUCGUGGUGAAGGUGGAAUUCUUAGGAAUAGCGAGGGGGAGCGGUUUAUGGAACGAUAUGCUCCUACAGCAAAGGAUCUUGCAUCCAGAGAUGUAGUUUCAAGAUCGAUGACUAUGGAGAUCCGGGAAGGACGUGGUGUAGGACCCGAGAAAGAUCACAUCUAUCUACACUUGAAUCAUCUACCUCCAGAUGUGCUCAAGGAGAGACUUCCUGGUAUCUCUGAAACUGCUGCUAUUUUUGCUGGUGUGGAUGUUACAAAGGAACCCAUUCCUGUUUUGCCAACUGUGCAUUAUAACAUGGGUGGCAUUCCCACAAAUCAUCAUGGAGAGGUGGUUACCAUUAAAGGAGACGAUCCAGAUGCAUUAGUUCCUGGAUUGAUGGCUGCUGGGGAAGCAGCCUGUGCAUCGGUUCAUGGCGCCAACAGACUUGGUGCAAAUUCACUUUUGGAUAUUGUUGUUUUCGGUAGAGCUUGUGCAAAUAGAGUUGCAGAAAUUCAUAAGCCAGGAGAGAAACAAAAGCCAUUAGAGAAGGAUGCUGGCCAGAAAACGAUUGCAUGGCUGGACAAAUUGAGAAAUUCUAAUGGUUCAUUGCCUACUUCAAAAAUUCGGUUGAAUAUGCAAAAAGUAAUGCAAAAUAAUGCUGCUGUAUUCCGUACACAAGAAACAUUAGAAGAAGGUUGUCAAUUAAUUGAUAAAACGUGGGAGAGUUUCCAUGAUGUCAAGGUUGAAGACAGAAGUUUGAUAUGGAACUCCGAUUUGAUUGAGACUAUUGAGUUGGAAAAUCUUUUGAUAAAUGCCUGCGUCACAAUGCACUCUGCAGAAGCUAGGAAAGAGAGUAGAGGAGCUCAUGCCCGUGAGGACUUCACGACAAGAGAUGAUGAGAAGUGGAUGAAACACACUUUGGGAUUCUGGGAGAACGAGAAAGUCCGAUUGGAUUACAGGCCUGUGCAUUUGAAUACAUUGGAUGAUGAGGUUGAAUCAUUCCCUCCUAAGGCUCGUGUGUAUUAAUAUGAUAUAGUUACUUAUCAACGGCUCGGGCAUAUUGUUUCCACUUGUGCACAAGUGGGAAAAGACACAAUAAAAUGUCUUAGAUAUAUGAUUUUGAUUUGAUGAUAAUUGUUGCAUUCGUCAUCAAUGUUAACGAAUGUUCAUAGCAUCUUCAAAUAAUACUCUGUCUUUGCAGCAGAGAAUAAUAGCAAAACAAUUUUUUCAUCGGUUUGUAUGUUGGUAAAUUGUUACUUGUAGUUAUUGUACACUGUAUGUUCAGUUGCACAUCUGAUGUUCUAUUCUAAUUUUAUUUAUAUAUUGAAAAACAUUUGAUUUGUCUCA